AGGACGGGCGAAACUUUCCUCCCCGGCGGCGGCGGCGAGGCACCAGCAGCCGCCGAGGCGAGCGCCGUCAGCAUGGGCCCCGACACGCUGCCGCUCGGCACCUACGGCGGGGCGGCCGCCGCCGCCGCCCUGCUGCUGUGGGCCGUGUGCGUGCUCUGCAGGAGGAGAAGAAAGACUGGAGAGCCCCCACUAAUAAAUGGCUGGAUUCCUUACCUUGGGAAAGCUUUGAUUUUUAGAAAAGAUGCUUACAAAUUCUUACUGGAUCAGCAAAAGAAAUUUGGAGAUAUUUUCACUGUACAUAUUGCUGGUAGAUAUAUUACCUUUAUCAUGGACCCUUUUCAAUACGUCUAUGUCAUCAGAAAUAGCAAGCAGCUUGAAUUUCAUGAAUUUGCUAAUAAAAUGGCUUCCAAAACUUUUGACUACCCAGCCUUGUCAAAAGGAAAAUUCCCUGAACUCAAGGAAAACCUGCACAGAAUCUACCAGUAUCUACAAGGCAAGCCUUUGGAUAUCAUUUCUGACCACAUGAUGAAAAAUCUCCAGGAUAUAUUUGAAUGGAAAUGCUCACAAGCAACAGAUUGGGAAACAGAAAAAAUGUACAAAUUCUGCUGCUCUGUAAUGUUUGAAGCCAGUUUUGUAACACUAUAUGGAAGAGUUCCUGCUGCAGAUGGCCACAAAGUUAUUAGUGAAAUCAGAGACAAAUUUAUCAAGUUUGAUGCCAGCUUUCCCUAUUUAGCUGCAAACAUACCAAUUGAGUUGCUAGGAGCUACCAAGAAGGUUCGGAAGGAGCUUAUACAUCAUUUUUUACUUCAGAACAUGACAAAAUGGCUGGGAGGGUCAAAAGUGGUCCAAGCCAGACAAGAUAUAUUUGAGAAAUAUGAGCUGCUUGGAGAUUAUGACAAAGCAGCACAUCAUUUUGCCUUCCUGUGGGCCUCUGUGGGAAACACGAUUCCAGCUACAUUCUGGGCCAUGUAUUAUCUUCUGCGGCACCCAGAAGCUCUUGCAGCGGUGCGUGACGAGAUUGACCAUUUGCUGCAGUCAACAGGUCAAAAGAGAGGGCCCACGUAUAACAUCCACCUCACCAGAGAACAAUUGGACAACCUGGUCUACCUAGAGAGUGCCUUAAACGAGAGUUUAAGAAUGUGCUCRUCCUCCAUGAACAUCCGCAUCAGCCAAGAGGAUUUUGUUCUCAAGCUUGAAGGGAAUCAAGAAGUCGUUUUGAGGAAAGGAGACUGGAUAGCCCUUUACCCGCAGAUUUUGCACAUGGACCCUGAGGUCUAUGAAGAUCCUAAGGAGUAUAGGUUCGAUCGAUACAUAGAGAAUGGCAAGAAGAAAACCACAUUCUACAAGGCAGGAAGAAAACUGAAGUAUUUCCUAAUGCCCUUUGGCUCUGGGAUCAGCAUGUGUCCAGGGAGGUUCCUCGCAAUGAACGAGAUGAAGAUGUUUCUUUUCAUACUAUUGUCUCAUUUUGAUGUAGAACUAGCAGAAAACAAAGCUGUCAGACUUGAUAACAGUCGYAUGGGCCUUGGUAUCCUCCUGCCAGACGUUGAUAUUGCCUUUCGUUACAAGCUAAGGUCCUUUAGAAAUUGAGCAGCUGCCUAUAUGCCUUCCACUAAUCUCCACGUUUGCUCUGUUUCAUCACUCAGCUUUACAUUUUUGCAAACAUUUGCUUUUCCCUCUCUGCUUUUACCUCCUUGCUCUUUGUUUCUAAGGAGAAAAGCCAUUAGGCUGGAGGUAGAUACCAGAUGCAGGGACAUGCAAACCUCAAUUUGUCCUGUGUGAGUUGUGAGAAGUGAGGUGACCUGACAAGAGUCUGGCCAAAUAAACAGCCCAGCAUCUCUACAAGGUGCAUCCCCAUACUCUUGGCCAUGGGGUGAGCAGGAUUUACAGGGAGGAUGAAUCCAGGCCACUUAUAUGGGAAAUGGGCACAGCAGCCCUCUGUCACAGGGUUAGAUUGGGAGGUCCCAUACACCCCUCAUCUAGAGGAAUAUCAGCAUCUGCUCAUAGAAUGGUCAUAGAAGUAUAAUAACAAGAAAUGGGGAGUGUAUUUCUAGAGGAUGAAAGCAUUUCUAGUGAUUAUUAUCCUAACUUUAUAUUUACUUUAUUUCCUUCAUGAUCUUGAGAGUCUUAGCCCCUUAUUUGGGAGAUGUGAUGGAAGUUGUGUGGGGUGGUGGAAGAUGAUUUGCAAGAAUGUCUUACUGGCAACACAUUUUUAAUUUCAGGUUUACGUACUGAGGGUGAAUGCUAUCUUGCUCUUUUUUUUUUCUGCAGUGCAGUGCAAAAAAAUUAAAAUAUAUGAUUUCUUUCCUGCAAUAAUUUAAAGUCAGAAGGAAAGUUCUGUUGAUUUUAACAGGCUCUCGAUCAACUCUAAAUUACUUAUUUUGGCUUUUGAGCACCCCCCCCCCCCAAAAGCAUAUUCUUCAGGGAGAAAAUAUAUGUGCCUAUUUUAAAUUAUUCUAUCACCUCAAAAAUUAGCUUCUGUUUGUCUAACUGUUUCUUAGUAGCAUGUUYGUGCAUUUAUUUUGACCAUUUCUUGUGUUUGUUCAUUUCUCCAAAAAGGCAAAAGAGGAAGAGGGUUCCAAGGACAAGUGUGGUGUCUAAAACUGCUUUUUAAUAUUGUUUAACUUUGCCUAAGUUAUGCAUCGGCAGAGUAGUGUGACCUGUGUUUGGAAACAGAUUUGUCCAUCUGCAGAUUGGAAAAUCGGCUCUUCCCUGGGGCCAAAAUCUGAGCAAAUGAAAACCCUAGGCAGCCACAAAAGUUUAUACUGGCUGCCCAACCUGCUUCACUGGGUGGCCARCUCUUGUUUUGAAAAUUCAUUUCUUAGUGCACAAGAUCUGAGAUUUUAGACCCUGUCUUUCUUCCCAGCCAUCACUGCAGAGACUGAUGAUGAUUCCUGUGGCUGUCCAGUCAGGAUGAUCAUUGUGAUGGGAGAAUAGCCAUAUCUGUGGGCUUUGUCUUGAGUUCCUAAAAAAAAAAUCUCUCUCUUUGGGAUUUGCCAGAGUAAGUCUUUCAAAAUCAGAAAUUCUGCUCAUCUGUAGAGCACUUGAUGGCCUAUGGAUGAAAACUAUUACCUACGUAUUGAGAAUUAUUUAUUGUUAUUUGUGAAGAAGCCUGUUCAGUUACUUAUGGAAAGCUCAUACCCUAAAUAAGCAUCAGCAUCAGCUGAAAGGUUUUCAAAGAUUGGCACAGCCACAUUCCAAAUCCUCCAAGAAGAAAACUGUGGUUUUGUGAGGUGUAUUGGAUAAACAUUUUCUCUUCAUAUAUAGUCUCAAUAAUGUCUACAAAUUUGGAGUACACUUACAUUAAAUGGGCUUUGCAGUUGAAUAAAUGAUUUAAUUUUGCUUCAAUAUUUAAUCAAGAGCAAAAGCUGAUUAUUGCUUUGUGCCACAGAAUGAAAUUGGUUUUUAUGGAGACGUUCUUGUACUCAGGUUGCUUACUCCUGUAGUUACGCUGUAGAAGCUAUUCAGUACUCAGCUGUAGCUCACAAUCCAGUUUGGACAUUAGAGCCUGGUUUAUUGAGAGAGGAAAUGUUGAUAUCAUUACACUGUUGACUGUAUUCCAUUAUUGCUUAAAUGUAAKCUGUAAAAUGUCUCAUACCACAAUUAUGAUGAAUCCUUCUUUGGCAUCCUACUUUGAAACAAACCUGAAGCAACUGGAAAAAAACAGUGGGUAUUUGUUUUAAACAGAAGCCUCUUUUUUAUAAUUKUAUUCUAUUUUUAGGAUCUUGAAUUACAGUAUCAGUGGCUGCUGCACGRUUUGAUAGGGCAUAAUAGGACUGUGCCAAAACUACAUGCAAAUCAUCAGUAGUUUCAGAUUAAUUGCUGAUCUAUUAUAUAGUACCUAUUCUGAAAUUAAAAGAAGAACUAGAUUGUCUCCAAAGUAGCAAAUUAAAUUUGUAGGGUAUGGUCCAUUUAAAAAAAAAAAAAAAAAGAAAAAAACAAAAAGGAAAAAGGGUCAGAAUCUUCCGCAGGAAUUUCAGGAAACCUCCAUGAGGGCACCCGGAGGCCUUGCCUCAGAGUUAGAGAGCAUGGGCAAGAGGUUAGCAUUCUGCUGGGAUAAAAGUUGCUUGCUCUUUUUGCUCAGAAAUCAAAAUAAUCAGCUGCAAAKCAGGGUCUGCCYAGCCUGUCCUGGAAUUGUGUCCCUGGUAACCCAGGCUCCUGGUAGAUUUGUUUUGCAGGUAAGCAAUGCAUCAUUACCAUGGCUUAACUCUGCUGCAGAGGARGUAAGCCUCACCCCCAUGGGAAAGKCAUGAGAGCUGGAGCAGGACAGAGGAAAUUUAAGCUCUUCUUGUCCAUGUAUUCAGCAGCUGAGGAGGUGACAUGCUGAGAGUCAGCAGCUGCUCUGACCAGGAGUGACCCAGUCUCCAUGCAGAAGGAUUGAAAGGCCCACGGUGUUGGCAUUCCUGGUCAAUAAACUGAGACAGCACCACGGGGUUAAGGUGCAGCAUCCCCAAAAGUCCCAGCUGGAGCCAAGCUGGCUGCAGGGUGCUGUGCCAAGAAGAGCAUGUUUCAUUUUGUAGGGCACACCACCAUUUUUGAUGAUCUCCUCUGCUGCAGCUCUGAAUGUCUGUCGCUGGAGCACUCAGGCAAAACCAUCCGAGCAGAAACAUCAGCGCUGUUUGAGAGUGUUCGGGUGCCCGUGGGGCUGCGGGGCAGGGUGGAGGAAGGCAGUCACAYCUGAGCUUCCCUGUCCCACCUCUCCACUUCAGCAGGGGGAGUCUGCCCUGCCAGCCCAGCAGUGUCUGCUGGGGAUCCACAGACCUGGCAGGUGAGGGUCAGGCRGGAGGAGCUCUUUGGUACCCCCAAAAUUUCUCAGCUGUUCCUCCAUGAAGUGGUGCUCUCACCCAUCACUCUGAGAUGUGACUCGAUUGGUCACUACCCACCUCUGACUGGAAGCUGUUGAUGUCUAUGGCUGUAUCAAUAGUAUCUUCUGCUAUUAAAAAAAAAAAAAAAAGCAGCACCUUUUUUCUCAUAAAAAAUAGGUUUAUUAAG